GUCUGCAAUGGCGCCGUGAUGGUGACGGUGUCCGCAUAUGCUGCCGUGGCGCUACACUCGGUGGUGCUUCCCACAGUGCUCAUUCCGCUCACCCUUUUCAGCUCCUGCAUUGAGGGCCCCAAGAACAUGCUAGACAAUUACAAGAAGCGGUUGAUCGGUUUGGGCGACGCUGCGCUGCGUGCCAUGCGCGAGGAGAAUGGGCCGCAGCUGGACAUCAAGAAAAGCUGGGAGGAGACGACCAUCUUCAGCUGGCCUUUUACACAAGAAAUAGGUGAAGAUUUCUGGCAGAAACUGUCUGAAGUUCCUGAAGCUGACCAGAAGAUCUACAAGAAGAUCUACACCUCAUCUGAGGGCACGAAGUCCUUCUUGGUGCAUGCUUGGGCAGUUACCCCUGAUCACGGCAAAGAGUUUGACGAUGUAACAGACCAGUAUGGAGGUCAGGACGAUGUGGCGAAGGCCAUCCAGCUUUUCCAAUCAAUGCUAUCAAAGUUGUUCAAUUGCACCAUUGAAAGGAAGCUCAUCAGGCUGAAGCAGAAGAAAGAUUGCUUUGAGCUUGUUCGCACCCCGGUCCUUGUGGGCACGCCCUCCGCGUUGUGCAAGUUCUGGAACAGGGCCAGGCUGUUGAAAUGGGCUUGGGGAAUUCGGUCCAUAUCUGAGAAAGAGGUCACGUAUGGCACCCUGUGUGGCAAGGGAGCUGUUGCUUUUGGAGACGGUACUUCAGAGCAGCCUUAUAUGUUGUACUUGCGCGGCAGUCAUGGACGCAGAACGGAGAUUCCUCUCCCGAUGAUAGUUUCGUGUGACCUUGCGGAACGGCAACUUGCACUGAUUAUGCAGGACAGGCAAAGCCGAACCCUGCAGGCCGCACAGUGCAAAAAGCUGAGCCUGCUUGCUGACUCUUGUUGCGAUUCUGCCAAGUUGACGUGGAUGGGCUACGUGAACUUCGGGCAGCAUGCAAACAUGUUCGAAUAUGAGCUGAGCUUCCAGGGUAAGACGAAGAGAGUCGCAGUCAAGGAGCUCAAGGAUGAUGCAAAGCAGCACCUGAGGACUGACUUUAUCGAACUUCUGAAAAAACACAGGCAUCCCACAAUUGUCCAAACCUACGGGGAGCUGUGUGAUGGUCGGAAGAAAGAGAUCUUUAUGGAGUUUGCAGAUUCGCGGAACCUGCAGGAGAAGAUUUUGAAGACGACCCCGCAGCUGAAUCUGAACGAAAGCAGGCACUGGGUGGCGCAGGUGCUGUCAGGAUUGAAGUUCCUCCACAAGAACGAACUCAUUCACUCAGACUUGAAGCCUGCAAAUAUCGUGCUGACGCGAGCUGAAUGCCACUCAGCCUGGAAGUUACGUGCCAUGCUGUCAGACUUUGACGGCGCUGUGGAAUUCAGGGAACCUGUCCGGUACACUACCUCGCACUAUGCAGCCCCUGAAAUUGCACAGUUCGGGAUGGCCUCACCGGAGCAAGACCUCUACAGCCUGGGAGUUAUUCUUGCUGAGUUGCUGGAGGCCGCUGGGGGAGACGGAGGUGCCACCAGCCUGCUACAACAAGGUCGGGCCUUGAGCCACAAAUUCUGCACGGAGGACUUGGGAAAGCGUGGGACAGCUGAAUCGGCAUGUCAGGAAAAGUUCUUUGAUGGUAUC